AUGUCCUCACCCGCCAUCUGCAUCCCUACAAGAUCCGGCGGAUCUACCUCCUCCUCUGCCUCUUCGUCUGGCCCCACUUCGCCCACACGCCUCUCGUCUUCCUCCUCGUCUUCCUCCUCGUCUUCUAGCUCGUCGUCUGGCUCGUCUAGCUCGGGGAUGAUGUACCACAGGAAGCGACCAUCGCUGCUGAGCUCCUCAGUCAGCCGCGUUGAGCACUUGGUGUUUGAUCUGGGUGUUCGGGAUGGAUCUCCGCGACUAAUAACAUGCGUCAAGACAUCCCAGGGUUUUGAUUGGAAUCAAGAUAUCUUCUUGCCAUCGUCGUCCGAUAUCACAAUCCACAAUGGGAUCCAGAAGCCCGAGACGGUGCACGAGAUUAUCCUCACGGACGAGGAGUCUGACAGUGUUUUCCCUUCUUGGUAA